AUGCGUGCACUCACCAGAGGUUUGAUUGGUUUAUUGGGGGAGGAGAAGCGUCUGUACGGCCAACUGUUCCGACAAGCCGACUUUGACAAUGUUGGUGUUGUGACGGGCGAGAUCGCCGUCACUUUCUUUGAGAAGACGAGGCUGGACAGGAAUGUUCUUGGAAAGAGGAUUCCUGACCCCGCCGGGUUUUCCGUCGCCCUUCGCCUUCUCGGCCACGCCCAAGCCGGUCGCGACCCCACACCAGAGCUUGCCCGCCAGAGCGGCCCUCUUCCCCAAUUUGAUGGCGUCUCGCUACCAAACCCGACGCCUCCGGCUGCCCCCGCGGGCAUCCAACCCCAAGGUACCGGUGUGGGCCCCGUCAGGAUCCCUCCCCUGACGCCCGACAAGGCCGCGCAGUAUGCGGGUGUGUUUGAGAGGCAGCCUCUCCUUGCCGGAAACCUGCUCCCGGGCGACCAGGCGAAGCAGAUUUUCGAAAAGUCCGGCCUGCCCAACGAGGCCCUCGGCGCCGUGUGGCAGCUUGUCGAUACUGAACAACGCGGAGCCCUCAUCGUCUCCGAGUUUGUGAUCGCUAUGCAUCUCCUCAACUCUAUGAAGGGAGCCCCCUCGGCCGCCCUCCUCUUGCACCUCAGGGAACCGGCAUGGGAUGGGCCAUCACCCCCGGAAAAGGCCAAGUUCGACACCGUGUACGAAGACCUUGACAAGACGAAGCGGGGCUUCAUUACAGGCGAGGAGGCCGUGCCGUUCUUCAGCCAGUCCAACUUGAACCCGACGACGCUCGCCCAGAUCUGGGACCUUGCCGAUAUCAACUCGCAGGGCGUCCUGACCAGGGAUGAGUUUGCCGUGGCAAUGUACCUCAUCCGCCAGCAGCGAGCGAGCCGCGAUGCUCGACAACCCCCGCUCCCCUACUAUGAUGGCCCCUCUGCCCACCGGCGGCUCUACGGCGAGCGAUCCUUUCAGCACUGGACACGUCAGUGCGACCCCGGGUUCUCCGGUAAGGGCAUCGCCGACCGCAAGCCAGUUCAGGCCGUUUGUGCCCUCGUCGUCCUUUGGCAGGGGCCUUACGCAGCAACCUCAGCACACCGGGGUUCCAAAGCCAGUGCUUCCGCCGCGGAUGACCUCCUCGGCGACGCCGAUCCUGAGAUCAGCUCCAAGCUUACCAAUGAGACGACAGAGCUUGCCAACAUCUCGAACCAGAUUGGCACCCUCACGAAGCAGAUGACGAACCUUCAGACCCAGAGGACCACGACCCAACGCGAUUUGACCCAAACGAGCCAGCAGAAGAAGACUUUUGAGCAGCGGCUUACGCAACUUCGCACCCUGUACGAGAAGGAGGCGACUGACGUGCGGUCCCUGGAGCAACAGCUCACCACAGCCAAGUCUGAUAGCAGGAAGCUCCAGGCCGAAUGCAUGUCCCUUGAGGGUACCUAUCACGACCUAUCCUCGCAGAAGCAACAGGUGGUGGCCGCUCUGCAGGCGGACCAGCAAGAAAAUGCGAGCUUGAAGGAGAAGAUUCGCUCCCUCAACGCCGAGAUCGCGCAGCUCAAGCCCCAGAUCGAGAAGUUGAAAUCAGAGGCUCGUCAACAAAAGGGCCUUGUCGCCAUCAACAAGAAGCAGCUGUCGACCAACGAAGCCGAGCGCGACCGUCUCAAGACUGCCAGCACCGACAUCCUCGGCGCGUUCGCCUCUCCGCCCAUGAAGGCGUCAGACAAAUCGUUUGACGACAUCUUUGGAUCGCCGUUCGCGCAGUCAACCUCGGCCACUCCUCCCCGCAGUCCACCACACCGGCAACUCAACGGCGAGCGGCGCUUCUUUCGGAACCCCUCCCGUAGCCAGCCCGAGCAUCAGCCGCUCCGCUACCCUAGGUCUCGAGCCUCCCCACCACCUGAGUCGCGCCAACUAAGCUCGAGCUUCCUUCCGCUGAAGAACGUGGAUGAUUCCCUGUCGUCGUCUAGGCAGGUAUCGCCACCCAUGUCUCGCUCUGGAGAGGACAAGGGGCGGGCGACCUCAGCCGUUCCGGUGCCCAACGUUGGCGCCUUCUCGCCCCUCGAGCCUUCUAAUACCGGUGGUAGCGGCAUCGCCCCUCCCACCGGGGACAUCAAGCCCACCGCCACAGGCGACUCGGCUAGCGGGCUUGCCAUCUCAUCGGGUUCACCUAUCCCCGUUUCUUCUCCCUCCGGUACUGCUGAAGCUGAAGAGAAGCCUGCCGAACGCUCGGUACGGGACUCGGACCCAUUUGCGUCUUUAGAUAAGGCCAAGGCCAAGGCCGAGUUCGACAACGCCUUUGCCAGCUUCACCAAGAUCCACAAGACCCAAGACAAGACCAGUGAGGAUGAUAAAAACGCCUUUUCAAGUUUCACUGCCGAGUUCCCGCCCAUUUCGGAACUAGAACGUGACGACUCGGACUCGGAUAGCGAGGCGGGGUUUGAUGAUGACUUUGCGCCGUCAUCUCCCAAGGUGAAGGACAGCCAGGUGACUGUCAAGGAUACUCCGGCGUCUCCCACCGCUGCGACGCUCAAGCCGGAGUCUCCUGUAGCCACCACGUCGGUGUUUGGGGAUGAUGCGGCCAAUAAGACGCCCGCGCCCGUUAAUAGCAGCAGUGCCGCGGAUAAUUUUUUCGACUCGCAUCUAGAUACCACUCCGACCGCGGUGACGACUGCUCCUCCACUCCAAGGAUCUACUAGCUCAGGUGCCGCCAAGACGCCGUUCGAUUCGGACUCGGACGACGACUUCUCGGGCCUAGAGGAUGCUAAGGAGGGCUCGGCGGACGACGACUUUGCCAACAUCUCGAGGUCGGGCCUCGACGAGUUCAACUCGGUCUUUGACGGUAGUCCACCGGCGAGCCAGGCGAAGACGGAAUCCACCGCUUUUGGUGGUGGAGAGAGCAGCUUCGACUUUGGCACGCUCUCAACCGGUUCCCUUACUGGGGGCAACAACAUCACCCCCACUGCCGCCACUGCGGGAACUGUGGCGGUGCCGCCCACCACGACGACCGCGGGUAGCAUCUCGGCGUCGGACGCUCAGGACUGGGAUGCGAUGUUUUCGAACCUCGACUCUGCUGCCAGCGACUCGCCCAAGACGGCGGAGGCGCCCAAGGACGCCGAUGCCGCUACCAGGCCGGAGAUCAACAGAUCCGAGACUGGGGAUGACCCGUUGCUGACGAACCUGAUGAGCAUGGGGUACUCGAGGACGGACGCGCUCUCAGCCCUGGAGAAGUACGAUUAUGACAUCGAGAGGGUGAGUUUUAGCCAUGGACUUUUCAACCCCUUUACCCCUAGGUCGGCCGGUUUCUGA